UUCAUUUUAAAUUAACCAUUCAAAUUUCAUUUUUACAUUUUACAACAAUAAAUAACUCCUUCCUAAGACUAUUAAUCCAGAUCAAGUAAACUUCCUAAAAAUUACAUUCUUUAAAAAAAUUAUCAAAAUAAUUCAUUUUGCAAGCUCAUUCUCUAUUUUCUCUUUGUUCCAAUAAGUUAGCUUUGCCAUUAAUCAUUUUUCCAGCAGUUUAUUUACCAAUUGUUGAGGUUCUUCCUUUUCCAGGUCUGUGCAAUUAAGAUUUUAGUUGCCAUUAAUAGGUAGUGAAUUAACUCUUUCUACUUUCAAUCCAAUAUCCUUUACAGAUCAAUUAAAAUGCUUUCAUGUUUGCAAUUACUGUAAUUUUUAAAAUUUAUAUAUCUUUUUAGCUCUGUGUACUGUAUGGUGCUCUUAUGUUUGAAAUACAUUGUCCAGAGUCUUUCCCUGGGUGAUUAAUGUCUUUAUGGCCCUCAUUCCCAAGCUACCUGUAUUCCAAAAAAUGUAUAGACUAUGUACCAGACCUGGGGUUUUUAUAAACAUUGCUAUUUGGGCUGAGUAAUAAAAUGCAUAGCAACUCUUAAAGUUUUGGUGUGAAGAAAUCCUCAAAAUAGUACCUCCUGAUACUGGAGUCAUAUGCUCUGGCUGCCAUCUUCUUGCAUAACACUUCCACUUUUGCAUGUGGUGGAUGUGGAUUUUCUUUUUUCUUUUUUUUAUAGAUAUUUAUUGGUUUUCACAAUAGAAAAAGGGAUUACAUAGAAAGGGUGGGGGAAAGAUGAAUACAAAAAAAAGCAAAAAUACAAAAAUCAAGAAAACAGAAAAAACCACAGAAAAAAGUAAAAAACCAUAUAACUUAUCUUUAUCACAAUGUAUAUUAGGACCUCCUCGGGUUCCCGUCCCUGUGUUUCUCAAACACAUUUCUAAUUUAGCAAAUUCUACCUCUAAAUCUUCACUUUUAAUACAAACUUUCUUAUUUUCUAUUCUAAAAUAAACCUCUUUUACCUAAUCCACAGAUUUAUUUACCACUUAAUUUCUAUUCUUAAAAUAUUACUUUAGCAUAAUUUUUUAAAUACAAUUUAAAAUCUUUCCACUCCUCUUCAAUUGCUUGUUCUCCCUGGUUGCGGAUUCGUCCGGUCAUCUCUGCCAGUUCCAUGAAUUCCAUCAUCUUCAUCUGCCAUUCAUCAAUCGUUGGUAACGUUUGCUGCUUCCAGUAUUUAGCAAUCAAAAGUCUCGUUGCUGCGGUGGCAUACAUGAAAAAAGAUACCUUUCUCUUGGGAAUCUCCUUCCCUACAAUGCCCACUAGGAAUGCCUCUGGUUUCUUCGCAAAUGUGCCUUUUAGCACUUUCUUAAGUUCAUUAUAAAUCUUAUUCCAGAAGUCAUUCACCAGUGGACAUGUCCACCACAUGUGGUAAAAUGAACCUAUUUCUUUCUUGCAUUUCCAACAUUUAUCAUCGUUGUUGUGGUAGAUCUUUGCUAGCUUUUCUGGUGUAAGGUACCAUCUAUACAUCAUUUUCAUUAUAUUCUCUUUUAAUAAACUACACGCAGUAAACUUAAGAUUUUCCUUCCACAACUUCUCCCAAUCCUCUAUCAUGAUAUUAUGUCCCACAUCCUUUGCCCACAAAAUCAUAGCAUUUUUAGUUUGUUCGUCUUUUGUAUGCCAUUCCAGCAGCAAUUUAUACAUUCUCGAAAGUAUUUUCACCUUAGGUUCUAACAAUUCUGUUUCCACCUUUGACCUCUCAGUUUGGAAACCAAUUACUCUAUCCAUUUUAAACACUUCAUUUAUCUGAUGGUAUUGGAGCCAAUCAUCUAAUUUACUUUUCAACUCCUCAUAUGUUUUUAAUUUAAAUUGGUCUCCAUCUUGAAUCAGCAAAUCUCUAUAUUUCAACCAACCGGUCUCCAUAUUUAAUCUUUUACGAGCCUUGGCCUCCAAAGGCGAGAGCCAAUUUGGCGUUUUUCUUUCUAAUAAGUCUUUAUAUCUGGACCAAACCUUGAACAGUGAAUUUCUAACAAUGUGUCUUUUAAAACUUCCAUGGGCCUUAACCUUAUCAUACCACACAUAUGCAUGCCAACCAUGAACAUUAUCAUAACCUUCUAGGUCCAAAAUAUCGGCGUUUUCUAAUGUAAACCAUUCUUUCAACCAGCAAAAGGCAGCUGCUUCAUAAUAAAUUUUAAGAUCAGGUAGAGAGAAGCCUCCUCUUUGUUUGUCAUCAGUCAAUAUCUUAUAUUUAAUUCUUGGCUUCUUCCCUUGCCAUAUAAAUUUUGAUAGCACCUUUUGCCAUUCUUUAAAACAACUCAACUUUUCAAUUAUUGGUAAUGAUUGAAAUAGAAACAGCAUCUUUGGCAAUACAUUCAUCUUAAUCGUUGCUAUACGGCCCAACAAAGACAAUUUCAGGUUGGUCCACGUUUCUAAAUCCUUCUUAACUUCAUUCCAUACUUUCACAUAAUUGUCCUUAAACAAAUUUAAAUUUUUUGCAGUCAUAUACACACCAAGGUAUUUCACUUUUUUAACAAAAGAUAAACCAGUUGUUUCUUGCAAUUUCUCUCUCUCUUCCUUAUUCAAGUUUUUAUCUAAUACUUUAGUUUUUGAUUUAUUCAGUUUGAAACCCUACCCUUCCAAACUCUUGAAUAACUUCCAGAGCCCUCUGUACACUGGACUCUGGAUCUUGUAAGGUUAACACCAAGUCAUCAGCAAAGGCUUUAAGUUUGUAUUGUCUCUUCCCUACAGUUACACCUUUUAUUUCAUCGUCUUUUCUAAUCCUGUCAAGCAGGACUUCCAGGACCGAUAUAAAAAGCAGAGGAGAGAGAGGACACCCUUGUCUUGUACCUUUCUCAAUUCUAAUCUCAUCUGACACCAUAUUGUUCACAAUUAUCUUAGCUUUUUGAUCUGAAUAGAUUGCUUUUACUCCAUUCAAAAAUCCACUGCCCAUUCCCAUUUUUUCUAAAUUUCUUUUUAAAAAUAGCCAAGAAAUAUCAAACGCCUUUUCCGCAUCUAUAAACAUAAAAAUGGCUUUUUUGUUUAUCUUCUGCUCCAGCAUUUCCAGAAUAUCAACUAUAUUCCUAAUAUUGUCUUUCAAAUGCCUCCCCGGAAGUAAGCCAGCUUGAUCUUGAUGAAUAAAGUCUUUCAAAACCUUUUUCAAUCUGGAAGCUAAGAUGUUUGCAAAUAUUUUAUAAUCCACAUUAAGUAAUGAUAUUGGGCGAUAAUUCUUAACUUGCGUUCUAUCCGUAUCUGGUUUUGGUAUCAGAGUAAUGUAGGCCUCUUUCCAAGAUUCGGGGGCCUCUCCUCCGUUCAAAAUUUCAUUGCAUAAAUCUUUCAAAGGUUGUACUAACCAGUCUUUCAUUGUCUUAUAAUAUGCAUCUGUCAAACCAUCCAGUCCUGGGGUCUUGCCCGACUGCAUUUGUUGUAUAGCAUAUUCCACUUCUUGCGUUGAUAUCUGUUGGGAAAGUAGGGAUUUGUUCUCUUCUGGGAUUUUAUGCAGCCCAAAUUUGUCCACGAAUUGCUCCACUUCCUCUUUAUUUUGAUUUUCUUGUUUGUACAAUUGUUUAAAGUACUUCUGAAAAGCUUUUUGUAUCUCUGUCGGGUGUUCCAGAUGUUUUCCAUCUUGCACUAAACUUACAAUAGUAUUCAAUUUCUGCCUCUUCUUCAAUUGGAUUUUCAUGGUGAUGGGAGCAGCGUGAGCUAAAAGGAGCCAAAAGGAUGAUGGUUUGAUGGUUCUGGAAUCAAAAGCUUAGUUAUACAAGUAUCAGUGCAGUGGACAAUGGCUUGCUCUGAUUUGAAAAGACACCAGAGUUUCAGUCAAAGAUUGAAUAUUGCCUCAUUUAGAUAUUUAAUGAGACUGAUUGUUGGGGAAGGGGGAGAUCCAUUGUAAAAUACUGUAUUUGCCUGUCAGAAAGCAUGAUUGGUUUUUUAGUCAGGGAAGCCGUUAGCCAUCCCAUCCACCCCCCAAAACACACACACAUCUCUCAGAAUGAAUGUCUGAAACUAUUAUUCCAGUGGUGGUUUUUUCCAGGUGGCCAAGGUACUAGUUACUAGGAGAAUGGGGUCUGGAAAUUUAUGCUAACAUCACCACCACCCUGCAAAAACCUCACAAAAUGAUUACAUGUUCAUAAAGAUACUGAAACUGCAUUCUUUAUGUUACUAUUUUUUUUCUACAAAAAUAGUGAUAACAUGCGGUCAGUUUAGACUCCUGUCCCACAUUCCUCUUUUCUCUAAGGAUUUAGCAGAAACAGCUUGUUCAGUGACCAUUCAAGUUUUUAGAAACCAGCACCAAUGAGUUAAUUCCUUUGGGAAAGUUCAAAGAGGCAAACAGUGGCCUGGAGGUAACAUUUUAGAAAAGAGGAGUUUGGAAUUGGCACGUUUCAGCCCCUCUCCUUAGUGGUUUCUCUGGCCUGCAUUUGGAAACCUUUUGUCAGCUGUUCCUCUGAUCAGUUUCCACUUGGCCAUGGCAUGUAACCAGCUGUUUGCUUUGAUCCAGCCAAGAGAGCAUUCCACGCCCGCUGACCUUCCAUAGCCUCUGCAAUGACAGCUGUGUAGCACUGCUUUCUGCUUAGUGGCUUUAAGACUCUCGGGAGCACAACCUGGGCGAGCAACAGCCAAAAAGUGGACUUCAGCGAACAGCUUUCCAUGGUGUGGACUUGAGUAGAUGUUGUGGUUAGAUAGCUUUUCCCAUGGUGAUCCCCUCCAGCACUGAAACCCAUCUCAAUACGAUGCUGCUGACAUUGCAAACGCAUUGGGCCCGACAGGAGCCUUCCUGCUUUCUGCCCUCAGCCUGCUACAACAGGAAAAUGGUCACAGGUGGCAGCAGCACUCCACAAUGCCAGCUGCCGCCCUGCAGCCAGGUUGCCUCUCUGGGCCGCUCUCUUCCUACUGAGACAAUCAUGUCGAGCCAGCACAGCCAUGCACCCUUCUCCAGCAUCCAGCCCAUGGCUGAGCAUCAGCAGAUCAUGCCAGACCUGGCCAUCCUGCAGAGAAGAAUCCCGCUCACUUUUCGGGACUCUGCCACAGCCCCACUACGCAAGCUGUCUGUCGACCUUAUCAAAACUUACAAACAUAUCAAUGAGGUCUAUUAUGCUAAGAAGAAACGCCGAGCCCUGCAGGUGGCACCCGAGGACACAAGCACCAAAAAGGAACGGAAAGUGCACAACGAGGGCUACGAUGACGACAACUAUGAUUACAUUGUUCGCAACGGGGAGCGCUGGCUGGAACGCUAUGAAAUAGACUCGCUCAUUGGCAAGGGAUCCUUCGGACAGGUGGUGAAGGCCUAUGACCAACAGGCUCAGGAGUGGGUGGCCAUAAAGAUAAUCAAGAACAAGAAGGCAUUUUUGAGCCAGGCUCAGAUUGAAUUGCGAUUGCUGGAACUGAUGAACCAGCAUGACACAGAGAUGAAAUACUACAUUGUGCACUUGAAGCGGCAUUUCAUGUUCCGGAGCCAUUUGUGCCUGGUGUUUGAGUUGCUGUCCUACAACCUCUAUGACUUGCUCCGUAACACCAACUUCCGUGGCGUCUCUUUGAACCUCACACGCAAGUUUGCCCAGCAGCUGUGCACUGCAUUACUCUUCCUGGCAACACCUGAGCUCAGCAUCAUCCACUGUGACCUUAAGCCUGAGAACAUCCUGCUCUGCAACCCCAAGCGCAGUGCCAUCAAGAUUGUGGACUUUGGCAGCUCCUGCCAGCUGGGCCAGCGGAUCUACCAGUAUAUCCAGAGCCGAUUUUACCGCUCACCUGAAGUGCUACUGGGCAUGCCUUAUGACCUGGCAAUUGACAUGUGGUCCUUAGGUUGCAUCCUGGUCGAGAUGCACACAGGAGAGCCCCUCUUCAGUGGCGCCAAUGAGGCAGAUCAGAUGAGCCGGAUUGUGGAGGUGUUGGGGCUGCCACCCCCUCACAUGUUGGAGCAGGCUCCCAAAGCUCGGAAGUACUUUGAAAAGCUGCCUGAGGGGGGCUGGGUCCUCCGGCGGGGCAAAGAUGGCAGGAAGGACUACAAGGUUCCAGGGACACGGCGGCUGCACGAAGUGCUGGGGGUGGAGAGUGGAGGCCCAGGCGGGCGCCGUGCAGGGGAGCAGGGCCAUUCGCCUUCGGACUACCUGAAGUUCAAGGAUUUGGUGCUGCGCAUGCUGGACUAUGAACCCCGUAGCCGCAUCACCCCCUUCUACGCCCUGCAGCACAACUUCUUUAAGAAAACAGCCGAUGAGGGCACCAACACAAGCGCCAGCACCUCACCCAGCCUGGGCACGGAGCACAGCCACUCCACCAGCACCACCAGUUCUGUGUCUAGUUCUGGCGGCUCCAGUGGUUCUUCCAACGACAACCGCGGUUACCGUUACAGCAAUCGUUACUAUGGCAGCAUGGGCACCGUGCAUGCAGACUGCGAGAUGCAGAGUCCUCAAGCACCCCCUCAGCAGCAGAUGCGUCUCUGGGCCAGCGGCGACAACGAGAGUAUUCCUCACAUCUUACCUCACAAGCCCACGCCCAGCCAGGCCAUGCCAUGUUUCCCCCCGAGCGGGCACCCUCCGUACCAGCGCCCUCCACUCCCACUCUCUCCCCCGCUUCCUGAGGCCAUGGAGGUUUCUCUGGGCCCUCGCCAUCUGGACUGCAACCCCCCCGGGCUGGGCUCUUCCUCCUUGCACUUGGGCACCUCGGCCUUCCGGACUAGGACUGCUGGCGGCUCGCGCCCUGAGGGACUUGGCCUCAACUAUCCUCUCCGCGGGCGUGGGCACCGAGACACUGACGAGACUGCACUGAUGGGUGUCUGCGUGCCCCAGGGCACGGCUGCCAGCUCCUGAUGAUGGACUGGCCCGGCAGGCUAGGAGCCAGUGCCCAGCGAGAGCACUCCCUUGUUGCACCAGAGCCUGGACGGGCCAGGACUGACUGUAGGGCAGGGAACCAGUGCCCAGAGAGCACUUCUCCAUAGGUGAGAGUCUGAGUGGGCCAGGACUUGCGGUGGGAUGGGUCAGGUUGCCUGGCUGUGGCCAGUCUAGAGAUCAGGUCCUGUUGCUACCUAGGACCUUGCUGCAACUGGUAAGCAUUGUUGGGGGGGAGGGGAGGGGGGAGGGGGGAAUAGGACAGGGGGAAGCAUGUGGAGCCAGCAUCCUACCGCCCUUGCAGCCUGGAUGCCGCCUUCCCCCUUUCGGUCAGUGCUUUCUCUGACUUGUGUGGUCUUUCCUGGCCACAGCCCCUCUUGAAUCAUUCAGCGGCAUGUGGCCUGCCAGCCAUUCCCUUCCUUGGUGCAAGAGAUUUCAACAUUCUGUGCUUGGAUGGACAGUCAGACUUCUGUGCACUGCGUGGACUGAUGGGCUUGGUGGCCUAUGUGGUCCCAUGGGAAUUGCUGCUAAAAAAUUUUUUCCCCUGCUUGGAAAUAAAGGGUUGCCCCAACCAGCGAAUGUUUAUGCUGACUCGUGUGCAGCCAUCUUGGACCUGC